CGUUCCAGAGCAGCGACAAGUACGGACCAUCCAAGAAAAAUACCAUAAGUAGACGACGUAUACUUAUAUAUACACACAUACACAUCGAGAGCUUAUAAGCAAGCCCGAGUAGACGACUACUGAACUACUCUCUCGGUCAGUACUCGAUGAGCCGCCAAGAGAUUCGGACGCCGCGGACUUUUCUGUAGUUUUUCAAGAUUUUCUUUGUGCGCGCACGCGGGGAAGCUUUUUUCAUUUUCGCGCAUACCCUUACACGCGGUUCGUCGAGGACAAAACCACGGCUUUAUUUCAUCGCUGCUGGACGAGCACGCUCUCUAGUUCCCACGCUCUCGAGGGGUUUGUCAACAUAAGCGACACACCGGCAUUCGUCCUCUUUUUGACUUCCGAUUCACGCAUCGGCUGAUCGUCGCGCGCGACACGUGCUUCUCGAGAGGCUGCACACUACGUCUGGGAUAAUCGUCUCGAGAGAGAGAGAGAGAGAGAAAGAGCGGCAACAUUAUACAGACAAGGGCAAGCUGCAACAUGACCAGUCACUUGAAACAGUUGUCUUACCACUACGACGCGGAUAAGAGCUUAGUCAACGAGAUGCUGAUGGAAUCACAGUAUCGGCAACACCAGCAGCAGCAACAAAUGGAAACGAUAUCACUGGAUCCGGGCACACCGGACCAACGAGACCACGCGGCUCAUCAGCGCGAAAACAAGCUCCAGCUUCAGCAGCACGAACGCGAGCAACACUUGCACCAGCUGCAGUCGAUAAACAACUUGCUGCUCGACUUGCCGACUCCCCAGUCGCUCAACUCCUACGCCGGAAGCACCAAGGGCUACGACCUGGCCUCGCCUACCAGCAGGACCAGCAACGGCCAUGACAUAACAGACAUGUCUAUUUCUGAACUUUUCGGACUUGGUUUACCACGCGGAUCGUUGAUGGGUGCUGGACAGAAGGAACAAGUUGGACAAGCUGAUUAUGACGCGCCUGCCUAUCGCAAUUAUAGAUUGAAACGUGACCGUACGACAACUCUUCCAAAUUCAUCGAUUAAAGAGCAAGCUGACAUGAACGGUUGUUAUUCGAACUCGAAUAAUAUGAAAGUGCCAACGUCACCAGUUUCAGUACACACUCCUGCAAGUCCCGGUACUCCUGGAAGUCUUUACUCAAAUUCAUAUUCAUACUCUAGUGUGAAUAGUAGUCCUUAUGCAUCUGGUUCAUUUGCAAGCAACGAAUACAGUAAGCAGUUCGCAUCAUCAUCUCCUAUUCGUUCGCCAUGUUAUGGAAGGCCUAUACGUGGCUCAACUCCGUAUAGUGAUUGCAGCAGUCCAUCCGCAGAACUUCCAGCUCACGUCUUCAGUUGCAAUGGCUCGAGAUCUAAUUCACCAGCAGACUCAGAGAAUAGUGUAAACAGUGUUGAUGGUCCUUUAUCCAACAUUAUGAACCAUCUUUCAUUAAAUUCAGAACAUCGGUGCCGUCCACCAACGGAUUCUAAUGCAUACUUCCGAGCUUGUGAAGAAACGUAUUUUCCGCUUAAUCAGCAACAGCAACAACACCAACAUCAAGUAGCCGCUCAUGGACAUCCAUAUAAUAAUCACAAUCAACAACAUCACUUUUUCGGAGAUCAUUCUAUUCGCCAGGCGGAUCGAGCCAGAAAUUGCUGUUUGCAACCCCCUACAUCACCCAUCACCAGUGAUCCACCAACUCAUUUAUCUUUGGAUAGGGUUGCCAGAUACCAUCGCCAUGCAGCAGCUGCAUCAGACGCUAAUUACACUUGGAGUGGCACUUUGCCGCAAAAGAACCAAAAAGCUAUUGGAUACUCAUCCAAAGUUUUCCUGGGCGGUGUACCUUGGGAUAUUACGGAAUCUACACUGAUCUCUACAUUUAAACAGUUUGGCCAUAUUAGAAUAGAAUGGCCUGGAAAGGAUCAAGCCACUAGUCAGCCGAAAGGAUAUGUAUAUAUCAUAUUCGAGUCAGAAAAACAGGUAAAAUCACUUCUCGCCUGUUGUACCCAUGAUUUCUCAAAUGGAGGAAGCUAUUACUACAAGAUUUCAUCUAAAAGGAUGAAAGGCAAACAAGUACAAGUGAUUCCUUGGGCUAUAAACGACAGUAAUUUUGUUAAGUCGUCAUCUCAAAAAUUGGACCCCGAGAAAACGGUUUUCGUCGGAGCUUUACACGGAAUGAUUACUGCCACUGCAUUGGCAACCAUCAUGAAUGAUCUUUUUGGAAAUGUGAUUUACGCAGGAAUCGAUACAGACAAACACAAGUAUCCUAUUGGAUCGGCACGGGUUACUUUCAGCAGAUCGGUGUCAUUUGACGAGGCUGUUAAUGCAGCAUUUAUUCAAGUAAAAACUACGAAGUUUACGAAAAAACUCCAAGUCGAUCCAUACAUCGAAGACGCCCCAUGCUCAAGUUGUUACGUUCAACAAGGACCUUAUUUCUGCAGACAACGGAGCUGCUUCAAGUAUUACUGUCACACUUGUUGGCAAUGGGCGCAUAAUAACGAUUCCAAGAACUGGCACAAGCCCAUGACUCGCGGAAUGAAGAAUAAACAGGUAAUUGGUUUGACUCCAACCUUAGGAGCAAAACGCAAAUGGAGCUUAUACUAAUUCCUAUAAUAGUUGUCCUGCUGACAUCGUUCGGUCAACAUUCCUUCCGAUCGACAGACAAUACGUCUUCUUUUUUCCCUUUCUUUGACCAGAGUCGACGGAGAAGUAAAAAUUGAGCGUUUAUUACGUAGUAAAACUACGACCGACGGUGCGCAACGUAAAUUUUAAAAAAGGCGCAGGAGAAAGGGUAGCUUUUUUGCUGAUUGAUUGGGAGAAUGUCGCGUGAAAGAAUUGUGUGUUUGUUCGAAAGGAACAAAUUUGGAAUUUUCAAUGAGCGUAAUUCACUUAAGUUCCUAUUACGAGCAGAGAUGAAUAUUUUUAUUUGUUGGUAUAUCUUUAUCAAGAGCACUGGCUAGGGGAAAAUAUUGUUUUAAUUAAUAUAUUUAAGCAGGUGAUAAGAAUAAUUAUUGUUAUAAUUUCGGUCGUCGUAGGUGCGAAUCGGAGAGCCCUAUUGACGAAAGGACCCAGUCAGUCAUUGAUUUAUAGUUUGAUUUAUUAUUAUAAUAAUGUUGUCUACCAAAAAUUAACGGAUUGCGUUUGAUGGUAGUAAAAUUUUGUGCGUUUAUUAUAAUAGAAGUGGAAAGAAUUUUCACCGCUAAAGGCCUCUGUUCAUUUGGCCGUUUAAACAAUGACGAAAAAUGGUGUUAUAUACGGGCUACGAUUCAUGAUUGUAGAACUUUGAUUUUUUUUUAAUUUUUUUUUACGAUUUAUUAUUCUCGCAAUUUGCGUGUUGCGUCCAUUUGUUUAAAAUACUGAUUUUCCGCCGCGCUGUCUCUGAAAUGUUUUGUUUUUUUAUACGAUUUUGUUAAAUUGGAUUAAACAAUUUAAAUAUUUGCAAAAA